UAGAUCUGCGCGGCUACUCCUACCAAUAUUCACAGAGGUCCUUAUUAGAUUUAUAGAUACUACUUAUCCAGGAAGUGCUUCAGACAUAGGGUCUGGGCUCCAGCACCUACCAUACAAGAGAAACUGAUUGUAGCUCGUCAUUCCUCCUCAAUCCUGACCACUAAUUGAAUAAGAACUCCCCAAAGGAUAACAAGCAUCCUUUAAAGCCGCUUCCUAGAAUAAUCAUACGUGAGGUAGUCGUAGCUUAGGAAUCUCCUUGACAGGAGAAGUCCUGGCUGGAAAUGGCUUUCCCCUUGGGAUAUCCUAAUUCUAACAUCUCACAUUUGUGUCUGUCUUUCUUUUGAACCCAUUCCAUCUCCUCUCAUCUAGACUCUAAGAAUGGCGUCCACAAUCUACCCAACCAAGGACACAAACCCUCAUCGUUCUCAUAUUCCACGCCUUAACAUCGACGCGGCAAUGGCCUCUCAGCCUUCAUCGGCACCACCUUCUCCUAAACCAAACAAUAGCAACGGUAGUACUCCUCCAAAAUCUAAGGACCAUGGAAAAGAUACUUACCGCCUCCUCUCGCACGACGAGUGGGUUCAGUUCUGUCGAGGUGUUGGUGUAUUCAAGGAUGAUGAGAGCGAAGAGGUCAUCCGUCCAACCAGUACGUUGUGGCCACCAAAGGGGUUCAGAGAUGGUUUGUACCAAGACGUUCUCACCGAAAAGACCAAGUUCACGUACAUGUUUCAUUCCGUGGACAUCGUCAGUUGGCUCUUGAUGCUUCUCCAGAUUGCAAUGGGUGCCGUCUUGACUGCCCUUGGGUCAGUAUCGUCGAAGAAUGGGACAGCAAUCACUACUAUCGCUGCGGUCAACACCUGUGUCGGCGGAAUCCUCGCCUUGCUACACAACAGUGGCCUACCAGCCCGGUAUCGCUCAGACAGGAAUGAGUUCUAUAAGCUCGAAGAACAUAUAAAGUCUAUCGUCGACACAGCCCUUGUGCCUGUCGAUCAGGACAUCAACGCGGUCCUCGCUAACUGCUACGAGAUAUUCCGCGAAGCUAGACAGACUGUUCAAAACAACAUCCCGGCUUCUUAUACUACUUCCCCAACUAGUGGCAAGGCGCCUAGCGCCAUGAUCUCGAAGGUAAUUGAGCCUAAGAAGUGAAGUUGGUGAUAUCAGAUCAUUCUAUUGUUCGGCGACCAAACAACUUCAUCUUUUCCAUCCUGGAAACAUGUUAUUUUAAGGGGAUCUGAAUGUUCGAUUGAUGGAUUCUUAUUAGUGCCGCAUGUUAGCCUUUUGUUAGUCAGGUCGGAUUCAGUUCUUAUGGAGGCGUGAUAAUGACUUGUAGGUCCUACAGAGCGUGUCAAGGGUUAGUGUUAUAAAUUUUGUAAGUAGAAAGGUCUAUUUUCGCCCACGUAUUAAGAAGUAAGAGGCACGACUAAUACAAGAGGAAUAAUUUAGAUAAAAGUGACUUCUCGGUCUAUCAACACUGCACCUGUUCGUGACUCGGAAAUAUAUAUGACCUAAAAUAAAGCUAGAAUGGUAUUUCUUAGAGUAUGGAGUAUACUAAUUAGGGAGAAUGACUAAACUCGAAGGACUGGUAAGAUUUCACGGAUUAAUGGCGGUAUAGAACAGCGCUGAGAGCUGCUUGAGUUUUACCUAGAAUAGGGGGUUGAUUUAUGUAAUUAUAUCAUUCAUCUAGAGCUUACCUGCCUGUAGUUACGGUACAGCCACAUUUAAGUGGUGGGGC